CGGUGGAAGAAGGAUGCCACCAGGAAUCGAGGGCUUAUGAAAAUUUGACUGUCAUCUUCGCCUCGCCAGUUGUCGGUACCAGGCCUGACAUUCAUCGCUGGGUGGAAUCGAUGCCUCAGCCAGGCAACAUGACGGCGCCGUUUGACAACUUGUCAUGCCAUCACUCCAUUGACGACUUCCGAAACCGAAUCUACUCCACGCUCUACUCCAUGAUCAGCAUUAUGGGCUUUGUUGGCAACGGCGUUGUGCUGUAUGUCCUCAUAAAAACAUACCGGCAGAAGACAGCCUUCCAGGUGUACAUGCUGAACCUUGCCGUCUCCGAUUUCCUCUGCGUGUGCACCCUGCCCCUGCGUGUCAUCUACUACGUGCACAAAGGGAACUGGUUCUUCAGUGACUUCCUAUGCAGGAUCAGCUCGUACGCCUUGUACGUCAACCUGUAUUGCAGCAUUUUUUUCAUGACUGCGAUGAGCUUCUUCCGUUGCAUAGCCAUCGUUUUUCCAGUCCAGCACAUCAAUUUGGUAACGGAGAAGAAGGCUAAAUUUGUCUGCAUUGGCAUCUGGAUUUUUGUCACACUGACCAGCGCUCCCUUUCUGCAAAAUGGGACUUACCAACAUGGCAACAAGACCAAGUGCUUUGAACCCCCAGAAAACACUGAGAAGAAAACUCUAGUCGUGAUCCUGGAUUUUAUUGCCUUAUUUGUGGGUUUCAUUUUUCCCUUUGUUGUCAUAACUAUCUGCUACACCAUGAUCAUAAGGACCUUACUGAAAAAUUCCUUGAAGAAGAACCAGGCUAACCGCAAAAAAGCUGUCUGGAUGAUCAUCAUCGUGACGGCCACCUUCCUGGUGAGCUUCACCCCGUACCACAUUCUGCGUACGGUCCACCUCCACAUGCUGUGGCUGAAGAACACCAGCUGUGAGGACACCAUAUACCUACAGAAAUCGGUUGUGGUAACGCUCCCCUUGGCAGCUUCCAACUGCUGCUUUGACCCACUUCUCUAUUUCUUCUCAGGGGGCAACUUUCGGAAGAGACUUACCACGUUUAGGAAGGCUUCUUCCUCCAGCUUAACACAAGCCUUCAGGAAGAAGUUCUCCAUAAAAGAGAAAGAUGAGGAACCCUUUGGAGAAAGCCAUAGGGAGAAUGGGAAGGCAGCCGCGGCCCCUUCAUAAGGAGGCUAGACCUUCCCCUAAGAUCUCAGAUGGGCAACAGAGAUCUCAGAACUCUCCCAGAAGACAUGAUGGAGGCUUGCAAGCCUUCAUCGCAGUUAGAUAUGUAAUAACAGUGGAUGGUCCCUGAUUUUUAUGCUACUCGGUGGUACAGCUGCUGCCUCUUCCCCAGGAGCAAGCACUGCUUGGACACGCACAGCCACUUAGCACGGAGGAGCCACCUCCAGCCAGCACCAGAAAACUGUUGAUCUGAUGAUAAACUCGCAUAAACAAACUCUUCAAAGCGUGCAUUCGGGGAUUUGCUUCAUUUCACAACUCUACAAAGAGCAUUAAUUCUCCGAGCCAGUGGGAAAUGUAAACACAGCGUUUGCUGGACGCGGUGCUCAAGGAACUGCUGACAAAUAACGAGGGGAGAGUUUUCACUGAAUCUUCAAACAGCCACUAAAUUAUUUACACAGCAGAGGCCAGGAUAAUUCCUGCCCUGCUCCCAGCUGCGUCUGCUUUGGAUUUCAGCUUUCAAGAUAAUUAUGGGUGUAAGACUUGCAGGGUUGAUGGCUGGGUCUGCAAAUCCAGGAACUUGGGCUUGAGCCCCUCUCCCACCCCCAACAAGCAGCUCUUCAGACACGCUCUCGUGGGCAGCUGAUCUGCCCACAGUUUCUGAAUUUCUAGAAAAAUCUUUUCUGUGGGGGAGCAGUUUUAAAAUUGCAGUAUCCUAAUGUGCAUCUGAAAGUUACUUCAAUGGGACUGGUCCUGGAAGCGACGGCUGCAGGACCCAGAUUAUCACUCCAGUUCUUCAGGAGAUUUUUACCUAAAAGGAGAGCUCUGGGUGCUCAGAGCCUAGCGCAGGAUCGGGCCUGCCUUUCUGAACUAUUGACCAAGGUUUUUUAAACGAAUAAUAAUAAAAAAGAAAAUAAUGCAGAAGCCCUCUUUAAAAAUAGCUAUAUGUGAUCCUGUUCAAGCGGGUACACCUUGCAGAAAAGGGGCAACCCAAGGCGCUUGGAAAGAGCUCGAGGAAGACCUGGAGAUCAAGAGUCUGGGUGCAGAUGAGACAUGGGUGAAUCUUGUUCUGAGUACAGUUGGGUGAAAAAACCCUGGUUGGGCUAUGUUUCUUAUGUAAAGAAGAACUUCAAAAUCUUGGACAGAAGGAAACGUUCCUGCGCUUUUCCAGCGAACCUGCGGAAAAGUAGCACUGUCUGCCUUUUGCUGGAGCAAAGCCCAGCCCGAGAUGCACGAUACAUCAAGACAGAAAUAGAAAUUCUGGCAGGAUUAAGACUCUUAGUUGGGAAAGGGGUUGAUAAGUGAAUAGCACGCAUGUUUUGAUAUGGUAUUUAUGAAGUUACUUGAUGCUAUCUUAAAUAAAGAAAACCGUUUUAACGCUGUAGAAUAAGAGUGAGCAAAAGGCGUUGGGCUUGGGGACGGGGGUCUGCUUGAGAAAUUAUCUUUACCGAUACACGGAAGAGUGUAAGUUCGCUCUUUACAUCACAGCCUGCCUAUCCCUGGGGCAGCAAAAGGCACUUAAAAGCAAAUUCACCUGCAGAUCACUUUAUGGAUGUGAAUUUUCAAUAAGAUCCGAAGGCCCUUUAGAAAAUUUUAAGGAUCUGUAAAGUGGAAGAGGGCUGAAAGCUGCUCACGUAGAGGAGUGUCACAGUUCCCCCCUAAACCCGCAGGAGGGCAGAGCUUAUAGGUCAACGAUGUAACUGUAAACUGCUUUGAGAAAGUCUGUAGGAGGAGCGCUGGCUAAAACUUCUUUUCGCGGGUUAGUGUUGAGUGUUACAGCUGUGUCUCAAAGCAUUAAAGGCAUUGUGCAACUGUAAAUAGAAAUUAUCCUGGAAAACCAAGUUUCAGAAUAUGUAAAAAUAAUACACACGUUCCCAAUUUCUAAAAUACUGUACAGUAAAGCUAUAUAUAUGUGUGUGUUGAAAAGCAUUUUUAUUGUACUAGAGGGUUUUUUUUUCCUUUUUCCUUUUUUUGUUUUUUAAUGAAACAAUGGUUAUGUCAGUGGUUUUUGUGCAAUAGGAAAG